AUGCCGCAGUUACUUGAUCUACCGACCGAGAUCUUCCAGCACAUCAUGGCCGUGCUGGUCAAGAAGCACGGAUUACCAGAAGCCUGGAAGGCCCGAGGAACAAGCCAGACGUUCCGCCGUUACAUUAUCUACGAGAUCCUCGCCAACCUCUCCCUCCACGACUACAACAGCACUCGUGUCGGCCGCGAGAUCCUGAAGAACUACCUUGCUGACUUCCUCUUCCUACGCAGCUCUACGCUCAACGGCUUCGUUCGCCAUCACGUGCCGGAGUUCAUUCGGGAUGUCAUGUUAGCGCUGGGUCCGUGGGUUACCGACGAUGAAGCCUCAACCUCACUUCGAAAAGCGCUGUGUGAGCUCUUUGUGCGCAAUCACCGCGACGCGCUGAGGGCUGUUACAACUGAUAUCAACAGCAUGGGCUCUCACUUACAGCAGACAAUCCUAUCGACUGAUAUCGGCAAUCAAGUUGCCGCAGCCGCCGCGACAGGCAGCGUUGCUGCGCUGAGGCAUUUCGCCAGCGCCAAGAGGCACAUGCUGUGGUCACUCUCACCUUCAUUUGGCUACCCGCUCGAAGUCGCUGUGUAUGCGCGCCAGACCGCUGUUGUUCAUGCAAUAGCGCAACAGGCAAUUACUAACCAGAGCCAGGAAUUUGCCGAGUCUUCCUACACCGAACACCUGUCAUUCCGCAAAGCGAUCUGCACUGCUAUCGAGCUAGGAGAGAACGAUAAGGUCGGCUAUCUCCUCAAGACGUACAACGAUGCAUUCGGUCCAGCAACUGAAGCCUGUAUGAGAGCCUGGUUGGACACAGCGAUCGUGUCGGACGAUGAACAUGCUCUCAAGCUGCUGCUGACCAUCCCCACACAGUCUGGUCUAUCGACCAUCUACGUCACCUUCGAACUGGCAUGCCAUCUCGCGAAGCCAGCUCUUCUUCACGUACUUUUCACUCCGCACGCAGACCGAACCACAUUGUCCAUCAAUCACAUCCAGGACAACACAUACCCCCUCUUCACCGCCCUCGAUAGCGCAGCAACACCACAGUCUGUCAUCUUCGUCAAAGAGCUGCUCAAGCUCGGCGCAGGUCCUAAUGGCCCUGCCUACCUGUCCGGUCUCGAUCGGCCUCUCCGGGCAGCGACCCGUUACGGCAACCGCGAUGUAGCCUGUGUGGCACUGCUUGAAGCUGGUGCGAAUCCAUAUCUGGUCGCUGGGUCUGGCUGGGUGAACAGCGUCAAGCGAAUGUAUGGUACAGAGACGGAGACGGGGAGGGCGUUUAGGAAGGCGCUGAUGGAAUGCGAGAAGCCAAGGGUGGCGGGGGAUGAAGACUUUCUUGUUGAGGUCAAGGAGGAGGUCAAGGAUGGACAGAGUGAUGGGGUUGACGAGAUGCUCAUGUACUUUUUCUUUUGA